UCAAAAUAGAGCGUGGUGAUUUUAAAGAAAAUGGCCGAUUGAUACUAAACAAUAAGACAAAUGCUAAAUCUACUUGUUUACAAACUUUUUGUUGUUCAACAAUGUAUCCAGUGAAUAAUUCAUCACCAAAACAUCAGAUCCAAGUACCAGAGAAUGGGAAUGUUAAGGUUGUUAUUCGUAUUCGUCCCUUGAAUGAAACAGAAACAAGUGAAAAACAUCAAACUGUCACUGAAGCAAUCAGCGAUCACAUGCUUGUCUUUGAUCCCAAAAUUCAAAAUGCUCCAGGAUUCUUGAAAACUAAUCAACGUGACAUCAACCGCAGAAGAUUUAAAGAUCUUAAAUAUGCAUUUGACUAUGUUUUUGGGCCUGCGGCAUCGAACAAAGCUGUCUUUGAGCAAACGACAAAGGGCAUUGUAAAUGGAGUACUCAAUGGCUACAACUGUAGUGUGUUUGCUUAUGGUGCUACGGGUGCUGGAAAAACCCACACCAUGCUGGGCAAUGAACGUGAGCCUGGUGUUAUUUAUCAUACUAUGAUUGAUUUGUAUAAGAAGAUCAAUGAGCAAAAGGAGGAAAAAAUGUUCGAUGUAGCUGUAUCUUAUUCCGAGGUUUAUAAUGAGCAAGUAAGAGACUUGCUAAUGCCACGUGGUAAUCUCCCUAUCAGAGAAGACAAAAAUGUUGGUGUUAUCAUUGCAGGACUCUCCCUACAUAAGCCUAAGACUGCUGAAGAGCUUCUACAUAUGCUGCAAUUUGGCAACAAGAAUCGAACACAACACCCAACAGAUGCCAAUGCAGAGUCAUCACGAUCUCAUGCAGUAUUUCAGGUUUUUGUGAAUCAAAGAGAAAAAUCAGCUAAUGCAGCAACAGAGCUUAAAAUGGCUAAAAUGUGCCUUGUGGAUCUGGCUGGAUCAGAAAGAGCUAACCACACAACCAAUAGAGGGGAUAGAUUUAGAGAAGGGGCCAACAUCAACAGAUCAUUAUUGGCUCUUGGCAAUGUCAUUAAUGCAUUGGCUGAUAAUAAGUUUAAGGGUCACAUUCCAUAUAGAGACAGCAAACUGACAAGACUGUUGAAAGAUUCAUUAGGAGGCAAUUGUCAAACAGUGAUGAUAGCUGCUGUCAGUCCAUCAAGUAAAUCAUUUGAAGACACUUACAAUACUCUUAGAUAUGCUGACAGGGCCAAACAUAUUCGUGCAGAUCUUAAAAAGAAUGUGAUAAAUGUGGAUUUCCACAUAGCUAACUACAAAAAAUACGUUCAAGAACUUGAAAAGGAGAAUCAAGAGUUAAGGAAAACCAAACAGAAACUUAUGGAGACUAUAGAAAAUGGAGACUCUGUAAAAGCUCCUGUCAUAUCGCCAAUUAUGAGACAAUUUCAGGAAAGACUUAAGGACUUGUUUAAGACCAGAAAAGAAAUAAGAAAAACUCAAAUGGAAUCGGAAGGAGCUAAACGUGAACUGAAAUGGAAAGUUAUCCGUAAAGAACAGGCUAUAAAGAGGGUCGGAAUGUUAACAGCAUCACAGAGUGUAAUAAGCAAACACAACCGUGUAAUUGAUAGAAUGAAGAAGAGGAUAGCAAAAGAGGAGCAGACUCUCGCUGAAUCUGCCCACACCAUCCAAGAUCAUGAUUCAUGUAUUUACAGCACAUACUCUUCCAUAGUCUCCACAUUAUCUGAGGGGAAGCAACUACCAGAGUUGCUUGACCUGAAUGUCAGGGUACACACAGUGGAAUCUAAUCUGUAUGACAGUCACAUGUAUCUGGCAUUUGUCAAGAAAAUGGCCAGAGCACAAGAAAGACAAGCUUCAGUGAAUGAAAAGCUGAUUUCCUCUUUGAUUCAACUGGUGAAAAAGCAGCAUGAUGUCUUGCACAGCCAGGAUUUAUUGAAUCAGGAACUCCAGAACAAAUAUGAGCAGUGCUGCUAUUUAGUGGAAGAGCGUGGAGUGGCAUGGGACAGUCCUGGUUCACCUCAAGAUGGUGGCGGGGGAAACAACAAAACUGGAAAAGAUGAAGAGGAAGAAAUGUGUAUCAGUGAAAUAAUCGAUAUACAGAUUCCUAAACUCCAUGUCCAAGCUUUGCGUCUAGACUCUGUACAUCAAAAACCCAAAGCUGACACUCUCCCACAGAUUAGGCAGCAGCCACAAAGAAUCUUGAAGCCAAUGUCUGCUGUUAAACCUGCAACACGAUGCCAGAUUGGGCCCGGGUUGGGGAAUAAUGACAGAAAUGUGAAAGGUGUGCAUGGCUCGGAGGAAAUUGCAACAGGUAGUAAUCAACAGACAACUAAAACCCCUGAGAUGGAAACAAAACAGUCAGUUAAAAAUUGUGACUUAAACCCAGUAGAAGCUUUGAACAAUUCCCUUGAAAAAUGCCCAAAAAGGUUAGGACAGUGUGGUAACAUGAAUUCAGGCAGCCCCCAUGGUACACCCUCGGCCUCAGUUACAACCAUCAGCUUUGGAGACAGCACUCUUGUUCCCACGGAGUCUGUGAAUGGACCUAAACCUCCACAGGCUGCUGCAAAUGACCAGAAACCUAGUCUGCUUCCACAAAACACAGAGCAUGACAAAGCCCCUGUGAUCAAAUCAGCGCAGGUGGCGGACGGCAAGGUUGCGCCUGAUCCCAAACCGUACCACGAAACACCUUCGCAGACUUCCAGCACUGACCAUCUCAAUGACACUUUCCAGGUGUUGAAACCUGCUCUACCUAAUACUCCCUGCAUUGACAGCUCCCUGAAAUUAAACAUUCCUGAUGCUGCUAAACCUUCACCUGCAACACCACACCUGAGGCAAACUACAGAGCCCAACAGGCCUAGACACCUGGAGAAGAUAAUCAAAGCUGACACUCAGAGUGAUGACAUUUCCAACAGGUCCUCUGUCUUCAAAGGUGAAGGCGUUGUCAAAGUUGCCCCUGCUUUACGUUUCCCUCCCAAGUCAUUAAACUCCACCUUCUCCUCGUCCAGAGGAACUGAGAAAGAUGACAAGCAGCAGCCCAACAAUCGACGCAUUUCCUCCGAGUUUUCUAGACAAAACAAACUAAAAUCAUCUUCAGCGGGCAGUGCCCGUCCCAUCAGUGUGUCACCUGUGAGUUCAAGUAAACAUUCACCAACCAACAGUAGCAAGUCGGCAGCCCCAGCCAACAGUAAUGUUUCCAACCCAUUGAAGAGUGGCAACUUGACUGAGGUACAAGGCAGCAGAGAGAAAACCAGGCCUGUGUCUGCCUGUUGUAUGAAUGCAAAUAAUGUCCACUCCCUGAGCACAAGCCCAAAAACAUACGCAGAUGUUGUCAAGUCACCUGUGGUUGGCCAGUCCAAAAAUAGCUUAUCACCACAGCUAUCAGCUACUGUUCUAUCAAAAAACUGGGUUGGGGAGCCAAUGGAGGGAGUGUUGAGAACGGAGGCACUUAAUCCUAACAUUGAAAAUCUCUCAUCUACUCUGAAAAUGAAAAACACACUCAAAAUGGAACCUGUUUCAUCUAAACCAGGGGGAGACGCCUUAGAUAUCAGACAGCCAUUAAAGCUCAUUGAUACCAAUGCACUUCAAAUUGUUCUUCCAAAAUAUAAUAACAGUGACAAAGAUUUUGGAUACUGUGUUGGUUCCAGCAGUUAUGAAAAUAAUUCCACAAAAACACAGCUCAAAGCACGGCCCACCAGUGCUAAGGAGAGAAGGCAGAAGAGAGCAUUGUCAUCAAAUCCAUACAGCAUUCACCACAGAAAGACCAAACCCAUCAGUCUGUUGGAUUUACCUAAAGAAAUAAUUCCAUCUGAUUCCGUUGAAGGAGAAAAGCGACCAGGUUACAUGUUACCAACAUUUGCUAGAGCUCAAAAAAUGUUGGGCAUCUGUGUGGACAGACCUGCUCACAGAGAAGCAAACAACCCUCUGUCACGUAGGACACUUACUAAUCGACAGCCCUUCACAUUGGCAUGGAAUAAAAUAACAAGCAAUACAUCAGAAGUUAGUUGGAAAUGCUGAUGAGAAAAUAUAUUUCAAGCUAAUUUAUAUUUUAAAUUUUGUUUCCUGUUGAUUUUAAAAAUAAUUUUAUUUUUAAAUGUUUAUAUACUAUAUAUACACAUUUUAGCCCAUUAGCAAAACAAUAAUUGCAACUGGGGUGUGCAAUUUGAUUCUCCUACUGUAAAUACAGGCUUUUAUUAUUCCUGCAGUAAUUUAACUACUAUGUAGUUUUUAAAAGUUACCUUGAUGCUUUGAUCUAUGGUGCUAUUGUACAUAGAAGUGGCAUGUUAAAAUUACAAAAUUUUUGAGAUAUGUGCCUUAAAUGUAAGUACGCCUACCUGAAAAUUUAAGUUUAAUCGUUAACCUACAGAUUCAUAUUACUAUGGUGGUAAUUUAAUAUUGCAAGCUUUAAAUACUUUCUUGUUGAAAUUUCUUACAAAUUAGUCUGAUCUUAGAUGGAUCACCUAUUGUUAUAAAAGCUGUUUUUAUCUUAGUAGGAAGAAUACUGUAUUUUAACAUCAGUUUGUACACUCAAAAAUUUGGUUUGUUUAUAGAAACUAGUUUAUGAAUGUCUCCUUGGUAUACUGGGUUAGUGUCUGUUUAUUGGUAUUGAUUACAAAGAUGUUUUAUUAGCCUGGCAGGCAGAGAAAUUAGUACAGAUUGAAAGGUAGCAAUAAGCAGAGACUGCCCCAUACUGUGUUUUGUAUAUUGAUUUAUUUUUAUUGACCUAACUUGACUAACAUUUUAUAAAACAAGUUGACUGGUAAA